AUCAUCAACUUCCAAUGAAACCUACCCCGCGUUCCAUACGAAUAUCGGCUACACAACAUUGAAACGACAUAUCAGAAUAGCUAUCGACCAUGGAGACCCUAUCCAAUGUAGCGUCCAACGUCUCGACGUCGGCUCAGAAAAUUCUCUGGGGCGAACAGGCGGGACAGCAGCAGAACGAGACUGGUGGAAUAGAACCUCUGUCCGGUGAGAAGGGUCGCGGUACGCUCGAUUCACCGUUCGACAAAGGCAACGAAGAUCCAUCCGAAGUCGGUCCCAGCGCCGCGAGUGCCUCCAGUGCCUCCAGUUUUCCGAGUGCUUCCAGCACUUCCAGCGUCUACAGUGCCGUGAGUGAUCCUAGUGCCUCCAGUUCUCAGAGUGCCUUUAUGGCUCCGGGUACCACUGGAAUUUCAACGGCUCCUGGCGAUUUGACGGCUCCGGGCGCUUCGACGGGUGCUAAGACUCCGACGGGUCCUAAGGCUCCGAGAGCUGCUGAGGCCCCGACGGCUGCUGCGGCUUCGGCUACUACUGAUGCUCCGACCGCUCCCAGUGCUCCCAGUGCUCCCGCCGCAUCAUCCAACCCGAGCACCAGUGCAACCGCCGGCGCCGGCCACGAAGUCGGUUCCGCAGACCCCAGCACCGCGCAGAAGCCCACACAGAAGCACCAAGGCGCCGACCGACCGACCGAAGAACCAUCGGGCGAGGAUGCGAACCCCGAACAGAUCAUGGCGAAGCGUGGCCCUAAUGACCAUUCAGGGGAACCGAUGCGGACGCACGACGGCACGGAGCACAGAGAUGAGAGAGAGGGCGAGACGAACACGACGAAGAACGAGAAUGAGGGAACGGGCCAGCAGCACGUUAAGACCACGGGGCUCGCGGCGGAAGGCGGGGAUUUCGAUGCGACGAUGCCCGGAGCGGGGACGGAAGCGAGUCGUAUCAAGAAUAAAAAGGGUAUCAGCGAGGGUGUCACAGGCCAGACCGAUCUCACUGCGCCAUCGGACUCCCAUAAGGGCGCGGGCGGAUCGGGAUCGCCUAUGAAGCGGAGCGACAGGCUUCGGGAGAAGCUACAUAUCCAUAAACACUGAAGUAGUGGUUCUGCUACACGGAUUGCUGGGUCGGCACUGAGAGAUCGACGUACAGCAUUUCAUUCACCCAGGGCAAGCUCACUUCAAGAGCCGCCAAUCUGAUGAUAUCCCCCACGAACCCCUUGGUUUGGGUUUCGCGUUAUAG